AAUCCCCCCCAAAAACCUGGUCAAUACGAAGUAGCAAUACAAAUCCUGCAGGCUGCGCACCACAAGUGACCAGUUACAUGAGGUGCCAUUGAAAGACACCUUAUGUAAAGACUCCAUCCUUCGUCGCGUUUUGAAGCCGUUAUCUGUUGCAAAUGGUUCACUGUAGGCGCCAUGGCUGAUUCCCUAUCACCAUAGUGGUUACGCACUUACAUUUAUGACGGAUAGGGUUGCAUAAGUACCUACCUACCUAUCUUACUCUGUAGUAUACUACAAUAUUAAAUCUAGGUGGUACCUCUUGAAUGUUUAUUUGACUUUUAGAAUGCCAUUAUCCAGGCAAAUACAGGCGCUUAUGUUAGGUCUUUUGUUUUAUUUCCUACACCUUAUACACUUAUGUUUCGAGAAGUUUUUAACUUUUGAUUACCUCUCAUCCACCUCUGGAUUACACUUCAUACUAUAUACGAUGCUUCCUUCUCCCCGCAGCCCGAACGCCGGUCGAGCGCUACCAGUCAAACUCCGCAGUGCGUGUAAUCAAUGUUGUGCAGCAAAGGUCAAAUGCUCAGGGGAGAAGAGUGGAUGUGAGCGUUGUAGUAACACAGGGGCGCAAUGCAUUUACUUGGAGUCGAAGGUCGGCAAGGUCCCUGGUAUACGGGCGAAAAAGAAACAGCUUCAUAGCCAGGGACCAGAGCCAUCGCAAAAGCGGGCUACAGCAACUCACAGGUCUGGGACACCUAUUACCUCUCUAUCGGACGUUAAUUCUUCUCCCGAUCAUGGGCAAGAUGAUUCUACAGAGUGGGCUACUGGGUGGAACUUCAAUACGUCCGAUGAGACCGCCAAUUUAAAUGUUGAUCUUCAUACUUCCACUGAAGAAUCAUCUGUUUCCCCUGGAGCUACCAUGGACUUCUCUUCCAAUGAGGAAUACCCACUGGUUGCUGUCGAGGGAAGUCUCGAAGAAUUCUUGAUGGCUCAGCCACCCAUGCCAUCUUCAUCGACAGAGCAGGUUCAACAGAUAGCCCCUCCCACUCACCGUCCUACUUCGUUCGAAAUAUCCCACCAGAGGCAGCUCGAUAGCCAGUGCUGUGUCGAGUGCUGUAAGAUAAUAAGCGAGCUAGAAAGUUAUAUUGUGGCAGAUUUGAAAGUGCUUAAAAUUGUGUUGGUGAUCUUGCGGGGAACGCUUGAGAAGGUGGCACAUCUAAUCGAGCUUCAGCAGAGUUCCAAGAACCCGAGGUGUCUGAUGUUGUUUUCUACACUCAUGUACCAAGUUCUAGAGCUUCUGGAAGUCUGCCUAUCAAUCGUGAUAGACGAAAAUCACAGUCAGCGGAGUCGUAGCCUGAUCUGGGGCUCUACGGGUCUUGGAGUUGGUGACUUUUCCCUUGAAGCAGAAGACCAGUCUGCUUCCAGGACACAAACAAUAGCCAUUGCCAAGAUCAUUCGACAGGCAAUAGAGGCUCUUGGAAAAUUGCAGGACUUAGCCGGUGCCCGCCAAGACCUGUUUUCCACGCAUCAAUCAAACACAGUCUAUGGGAACAGGAGAGAUUGUUACGCUGAUCUCGAAUAUAGAUUUAAAGAGCUAACUGUAAGAUCAGCUACGCAGGUUUAAAGCUAGCUCUGUACUUACCCACAUGAGCCGCAACUUAAACGAGCCAAUGUAUGUUUACGUAGGAAACUCUUUUCUACCUUCAUGUUGCAUACGAGACCUAUCAAGAUAUGGGUGAUGGAUCAAUUUUGUGACUGACGUGUAUAUAAAAGCCCUUACCCACUAUAACUCUUUCUAUAUAGCGCUUUUGCUUCAUUUGUUCCGUCGGAGCCAGCAGGAAAAAUACAGGGCAUUUUAAUUGCGAUACUUUACCGUUGACUUUUCGAUUAUGUUUAAGGUAACUGGUUCAAAUUUUACUUAUAGCAAUUUGUCCC